AUUUAUUCCCUCCAGCUUUGUAGUUAGCUAUGGCAUCUGUGCAAGAAAAGUUCCAGGCGGCUGUCAAUGUCAUCAAGAAUUUGCCAAAAAAUGGUCCUUAUCAGCCCAGUACGGUGAUGAUGCUUAAAUUUUAUGGCCUCUUCAAACAGGCGACAGAAGGUCCAUGCACAUCGAAAAGGCCUGCCUUUUGGGAUGUAGUUGGUAAAGCUAAGUACGAUGCUUGGAAUUCAAACAGGCAUUUAACAAAAGAACAAGCAAUGCAGAAAUAUGUUGAAGGCCUUCAAGAGAUUAUAGAAACCAUGUCGUUCACCGAAAAUGUUCAAAAUUUUGUUGGAAGUUUACAAGGUCUAGAGAAUAUAAAUCUAGAUGAGCUAGAAAUGAUAGCACCUGGAAUGAAAAAGCUUGCCGAAUCGCAUCCUAAUUCUCCAUUUAACUCCCGAACAAAUAGUCCGCAACAUGGAGCCAGUAGUAACAUUAUUAUUGAUGAGGAGCCACUUACAAAUGGACAUGCAUCAUCAACUGAAGAUGUCGAAUUGGAAAAUCCAACAACAGUUCUGCCAAAUGCGACACCAAUGGCGGCCCCAGAAACGUACAAUAUAUAUGCUCCCACGAACGGAAAUGUUGAUCAGUCAGACGAUGAAGAAUAUGUUGAUCCAUUUGAUAUACAACAUGAACUGAAUGAAUCAUUACAACAGAAUAAUCACAUCUUGAAACAGGUGCAGGACACUGUAACGAGAAUGAAUCUGGAUAUUUCAUCUGUGAAUCAACGUAUAUACGACUUAGAGAAAACAGUUAGGGAUCUUAAACUAGCUGUUUCCAACACUACACUGAGAAAUGCAGCGUCGAAAAACACCAUGGAGCACAAACGAAAAUACCCCAACUGGUGGCCACUGGAUGACAUAUCGCCAGUAUGGUUUAUUUUACUAAUAUUAUGGCCAUUUAUUGCAAGAAGACUGGGCAAUAUGUUGGCAAAACCCAAACGAAAAUAG